CUUGUGAAUCCAUUUAUAGGUAUGGCUAGAUUAACACUCGUUCUUGAAAGAAUUACUUGUUUAAAUAGUCGUUUGAUUAAAGGUACUGAUUUUUCUGGUAGGAAGAAUUAUAGAUUGGGCUUAUGGGAUCCGGAAACCUAUUUUAAUAGGGUUGCAGAUCUCCCUUCCUCUCCCUGUAUCCCCCUCUUUUGCAUUUGUUGUGGCUCCUAUGUGGGGUUUUUUGAUGUUCUUACUUUUUCCAGUAGUCUGUGUUUACUUCAUUUAUAAAUUAUUUGUGGAUUUAUUGCUGAGUGAAGUCCCUGAUUGGAAACAGGUCAAAGUUUGCGAUAUCUGUGGGGAUGCAGGUCGGGAGGAUUUGCUUGCUGUCUGUUCUCGUUGUAGUGAUGGGGCAGAACAUACAUAUUGCAUGCAAGAAACACUGACUAAAGUCCCAGAAGGUAACUGGCUGUGUGAAGAAUGCAAGGUCGAGGAGCAAAUGAGUAAUCGGAGGCAAGGUAAGAUUGGAAAGAUAGAUGGAAAUGAGAAAAACAACUCCUUUGGUCAAGCAACUAGUGAAAAUAUAAAUAGUUUUGAUGUCGAGGGGAACAGAACAAAAGGCUGUUCAAAUAUGAAAACUUGUGGCAAACGGCCUAGGGAUGAGAAUGAAGUUUCUUCUGUUGCAAAGAAGCCUGCCAUUGAAUCGAUCAUGACAUCACCAAGAAACUCCAGCUCUAACAAAACAGCUGCUCUGUCACGCGAGAAUUCGUUCAAGAACUUAGAUAGAGGCAGAAUGCAGCCCAUAAAUCACUCUUCUUCUGCCACACUGCCAGUUAAUGAUACUCUCGAAUCAGCACGCACUGCUUUGGAUCCACGAAUACAGACAUCUCGAGGUUACCUUAUCAGAUAUUUUUUUAAUUUUUGUCAUUGGCUGAUAAAUAUAUCUUGAAGAUUUCUAUUG